UCAACCAUUUCCUUUACCGAUUAUCAGCAUAAAGCUGGACAUAGCAAAAGAAAGAGAGUCAGCGAAAAAGAGAUGCAGGGAAAUCUAAGCUUUGCUACAGAAUCGGGCGACACAACCUCUAAGUUUGAUGAUGAUGGCCGCCCAAAACGAACUGGAACCUUGACGACUGCAAGUGCCCAUAUCAUAACAGCAGUUGUUGGGUCUGGAAUACUGUCUCUUGCAUGGGCCAUUGCUCAGUUGGGUUGGAUUGCUGGGGUUUUUACUCUCGUUAUCUUCUCCAUCAUCACUUUGUAUACUUCUGCUCUACUUGCUAACUGUUAUAGGUCUCCUGACCCUAUUACUGGGAGAAGAAACUACACUUACAUAGAGGCUGUAAAGAGCAACUUAGGAGGACUUAAAUACAAGCUUUGUGGUGUAGCUCAAUAUACGAAUCUUGUAGGGCUGACAAUUGGUUACACCAUCACUUCCGCUAUUAGCAUGGCGGCCAUCAAAAGAUCGCACUGCUUUCAUAAAAGUGGGCAUGAAGUGGGGUGUCACACCUCAAACAAUCCCUACAUGAUCCUCUUUGGAAUCGUACAGAUUAUUCUGAGCCAAAUACCAAAAUUUCACGACCUCGCAGUGCUCUCCUACAUCGCGGCAAUCAUGUCGUUCUCCUACGCUUUCAUAGGCAUUGGUCUUUCCGCAGCAAGAAUAGCAGAAGGGAAAACAGGGAAAACAAGCAUUGCAGGAAUGACAGCAGGAGUGGGCGAAUCAAGUUCACAGAAGGCGUGGAACAGCUUACAGGCCAUUGGAAACAUUGCCUUGGCCUAUUCUUAUUCUAACGUCCUCAUUGAGAUACAGGAUACACUAAAAUCAAGCCCACCAGAGACCCUAGUGAUGAAGAAAGCAACCACCGUUGCAGUCUCAAUAACCUCCAUCUUUUACAUGCUGUGUGGAGUUCUUGGGUAUGCAGCUUUUGGGAACAAUGCUCCUGGCAAUUUUUUAACAGGGUUCGGUUUUUAUGAGCCUUACUGGCUUAUAGACAUCGCUAACAUUUGCAUUGUUGUCCAUCUUGUGGGAGCUUACCAGGUGUUCUGCCAGCCAAUAUACCAGCUUGUUGAAGAAUGGUUGAGUAGGCGGGGGGCAGGAAGUGAUUUGGUAGCAAAAGAACAUCCCAUUGUGCUCCGGUUGAUCUGGAGAACAGGUUAUGUGAUAAUUACGUGUGUGAUCGCGAUGAUAUUUCCAGUCUUCAACAGUGUUUUGGGCUUGAUUGGAGCCCUUUCAUUCUGGCCAUUGACCGUAUAUUUCCCAGUUGAGAUGUACAUUUCACAGGCUCACAUUCGCAAGUUUUCUCCUACCUGGAUUUGGCUAAACAUAUUGACUUGGGCUUGCUUGAUUAUAGCAUUGGCUGCUGCUGCUGCUUGCGUUCAAGGCAUCAUCGUUGAGCUCAAUCACUACCAGCCUUUCAACUCUUUUUCUUGAUGUAUAUUUGGAUUAACAACUUUUUGUGAAACCUUUGUUUGGUAUAAUUAUCUUUGCCGUUUUUGAA